GACGAGAAGAAUCAGAUGAUGACCACUAAUGUCUGGGUGAAACAAGAGUGGUAUGAUUACAAGCUCAGGUGGAACCCCAGGGAGUAUGAGAACGUCACGUCCAUCCGGAUCCCGUCCCAGAUCAUCUGGAGGCCCGACAUUGUUCUCUACAACAAUGCAGACGGGGACUUUGCCGUGACCCACCUGACCAAAGCCCACCUGUACCACGACGGCUGGAUCAAGUGGACGCCCCCGGCCAUCUACAAGUCCUCCUGCUCCAUGGACGUCACCUUCUUCCCCUUUGACCAGCAGAACUGCACCAUGAAGUUUGGCUCGUGGACGUACGACCGCGCCAAGAUCGACCUGGUCAGCAUGGCCAGCGACGUGGACCAGCAGGACUACUGGGAGAGCGGCGAGUGGGUCCUCGUCAGCGCCGUGGGCAACUACAACGUCAAGAAGUACGAGUGCUGCGCCGAGACCUACUCGGACAUCACCUACUCCUUCCUGAUCCGGAGGCUGCCUCUCUUCUACACCAUCAACCUGAUCGUCCCCUGCCUGCUCAUCUCCUUUCUCACCGUGCUGGUCUUCUACCUGCCCUCCGACUGCGGGGAGAAGGUCACCCUCUGCAUCUCCGUCCUCCUCUCCCUCACCGUGUUCCUCCUCCUCAUCACCGAGAUCAUCCCGUCCACCUCGCUCGUCAUCCCCCUCAUCGGCGAGUACCUGCUCUUCACCAUGAUCUUCGUCACGCUCUCCAUCAUGAUCACCAUCUUCGUGCUCAACGUGCAUCACCGCUCGCGGCGCACGCACACCAUGCCCCGCUGGGUCGGCACCGUCUUCCUGGAGCUGGUCCCUCGCUUCCUGUGCAUUCAGCGGCCGGUCAGGAACGACCGCAAGCGGCAGGGGGAGGUGAGGCAAAAGAGGGCCAGCAGGGAGAGGAGGAGGCCCCAGACUGCAGGCGCCUGCAGCUCCAGAGACCUGCGACUUCUUUCCCUCUCGCCCUCCUUGAAAAUGGCCGUAGAUGGGGUUCAGUACAUCGCUGACCACCUCCGAGCUGAGGACAUUGACUUCUCUGUGAAACAGGAGUGGAAGUAUGUAGCCAUGGUAAUGGACCGCAUCUUCCUUUGGAUGUUCAUCUUGGUGUGCAUUCUGGGAACUGUAGGCCUUUUUCUCCCAGCCUGGCUUGCUGGAAUGAUCUAGUAUAUAACACAGAGAAGAGGAAGCCAGAAUAUGACUCAACAGAAAUGUUCAGUUCAGCA